AUGGAGGCCGCGAAAGACGAACGGGGAGAAGGGGAGGGGAGUCAGGAGGAGGAAGGGGACAACUUCCGCAGUGUGUACAAACAGGUAGUAAAAAAUAAAAGUGCAAACGGAAAGACAAACAGGAAUAACGCAUUUGCGGAGAUGCUGGAGGUAAGCAGGAUCACCGAUUACAACGUGGUGAUGAAAUAUGAGUACCUCCUAAAGCUAAGCUUCUUCAGUAGCAACGUGAACGUAUUGAAUGUAUAUCGGUUAGUGAAGCAGGAGAGUGAAAAACAAUUUGGCGAAGUGGCAGCUCGUUUGAGGAGCAACAUGCUGCUUAGCAUAAUGGACACGAACAAAAUAAAUGAUAAAAGUGAACAUGUAGGUGAGUACUUUACAAAGAAUUAUGAGGAGCUAAAACAGCUGGAAUUCGUCAUUGGAAACACGGAUUACCCGCUAGGGUUUGAAAAGAACACCAAUGGGGUGUUUCGAGUGUACCUGUUUAAGAUAAUACCCAGCAAAACGCUCUUAUUAAAUAAAAGCAACUUGAGUUUCAUGGAAAAGGGGAAAAUGCCGAGCAAUUACGACUCAGUUGCGGUGGACAGAAAUUUGUACUACGAGCAGGUGGGGGAAGGGCAGAGCGAACUGGUGAGAAGCGGGAGUGGAGGGGGAAGCGGAGGGGGAAGCGGACCAAUGAAGGGCACAUCAGCUAACCUGGGGCGGGGAGGAACCAACUACAGCUACAUAUACAAAGUAAAAGCAGCUGAGCAGGUGCUUCCCCUGCUGCUAAUCGAAUUCGAAUUCAAAUGCCUACGGGUGGACAUCAGUGUGCCCAUAUGCGAGUACUGCUACACCGCUAAGGCUAUCUACUACUGCCAUAAUGACAAGGUCCAUUUGUGCAAUAUAUGUGACAUAAAGCAUCAUGAAAAGAAUAAAAUUUUGAAGAAUCAUAGGAGGAUGCCAAUAUCCGAGUCUCCAUACCAAUUUGGAAAGUGUGCGUACCAUCCGAAUGAGGUGGUCGAGAGUGUUUGCAUGAAGUGCUAUUGUAGUUUGUGCCCUACCUGUCUCCUGAUAGGGAGUCACUCCAAGGGCAAUUAUCGUAAUCACCCCAUUGUGAAUAUAAAAGACGCUUUCAUUCUGUCCAAUCAGAAAAAAUCCCUAAGUGAUAUAAAUUUGGAAAAUAGGAAAUCAAGGAUACUCCUUUUGUUGAAAAAAAAACACAAAUUGUUGGCAGAGAUUUAUUCCAAUUACACUUCUUUGCAAAAGCGAAUUGAUACCUUGUACAGGUACAUCAUUGACGAGUUGAAAGUUUUAAAAAAAAAAAAAAUGCAAUACAUUAUGGCCUUAAAAAGGGCAGUUUUAUCUCAACUACUCACCAUCGAAUGGACAGAGGCCUUCUUCUAUCAUACCAAAUUGUCAUUAAAUUUAUCUGAUUUUAUUUUAUACCAGAAAAAACAUCAAUUGGCUGUCCAAUUUUUAAUAGCCAAAAAAGGGAAGGAUUCAGAUUUUAUGAAAAACGCUCCUCAUUGGCUGUUUCAGAAAAUUUACGUUCAGUCAAAUUUGUGCAUUUAUGAAGAUAGCUUUUUUAAGCUCAACUUUGUUAGCCCUAAGGAUCUCGACGAAGGGAUGGCCAAGGGGGACCUAAAUAGGAAGCGGUGCGUUUUGAAGGGGAGUCGAAACAAGCUGGAAGAAAUGUACAAUUUUAAUAACGUCUUUAAUGAUAAGAAGGGGUACUUGGGGUUGUAUGACGAGACGGCCUUCGAGGGGGGAGCCAACUCGGAGGAAGGCGCUCAUCAGACGAGUGUUAAAUACUCCGCCGCAAAAGGUGCAGAGGAUGAGCAGUCGCCUCGAGAAGCCACCCAUGAGGGGUUCUCUAAUCAAAUAGAACCUGUUAACACAAGCGGAUUGAACAACAAAGAUUUGCAGAGCGUUCUGAAGCUAAAGAAGGAGUAUGCGUCCAUGUACGACGUGACUGAAGAGAAACCCACCAACUGCAAUUUGUUAAGCGAAAUUUUUAGAGACGAACGGGAGGGGAACUCAUGCGGGGGGGGAAAGACCCCCCUGAAACAGUCACACAUUUGCAGAGAGUUGUGGAAGCACCUGGUUAAUUACAAAUAUAUAAAUGUGAUCCAUGUGUUGAAGGCGAGGUGCAGCUUGAACACCCUCUUGCUGACUCACUCCUUUUUCAACGUCGCGUCUUAUUAUGACAAUCUGGAAGACCUAGUGAAGCACAUAAUCAAGCACGAAAUUUUUACUCUGCUUAACAAAAAUAUUGACUACCAUACGAAGAUGAAGGUCACCCACGUGUUGGACAGCGUCGCCACGUUGCUAUGCCUCCGAAGAUUUGUGCUCGCACCUUGGGUUGAUAAGUACAUCGAGCUGUGCUGUUCCCAUGUUGGGAGUGAGCAGGGGGGGGGGUCCUCCCCAGGUGAAGAGGCCCCCCCAAAUGGAGAAGCCACCCCAGGUGAAGAAGCCACCCCAAGUGAAGAUAUCAUCCGUGAGAAAAAUUCAGACGUGAGAGAUGAACACGCGCCAUCGGUGCGUGCACCAAAUGAGCAGGUGAAGGGCAUCAAUCUGACCAGCAAAAGUGCCCCUGGUGAGGUGGCAAAAGGGGAUAAGAACAGCUGUGGCGAAUUACGAGUGGGCAGGGAAAAGGAGGAGUUCCCAACAAACGGGGGAAACGACACUACGAUGGGUGACCAAACCGUGUUGGAAGAGGACAAUACAAUUUCGGAAGACAUGGACACCAAGAAGGAUGAGCACCACGUGAGGAGCACCAAUAAGCAUUACAACAUGGCGGGAGCGCUCCUCACUGCAGGUGAAAAGCAGGAGCUGUCCUCCCUGAAAAAAAUAAAAGAACACAUAUACGUAUACUUAGAAAUGCUAAUCAACGACUUGGUGAAGAUCCCCCACAAGGACCUAAACGACGGUGUCCGAUUUAUGUUUUAUCUUAUCCACGACGAAAUUGACGGAAAGAAUAAAAACUUAGUGAUGAAUGAAAAGAAGUUCAGCAUACACACCUUGUGCUUGUGUCUGGACAUCUUUCUUAACUCUGUUUUGUACCCCUACAUUUUUUACGUGCAUGAGGAGAACCUGAAUGGUCAGGUGAAAACCUCCAUGUGGAAGGACCCUUCUCUUCAUCAAAAAGUGGUAGUCCUGUUUGGCCAAACGGUGAGAGAAAUUUCGAUAUAUGUUUUUCAAGUGUACAAUUUAGGAAUGUAUGACAGCAACUUGAAGGCGUUCAUAAGCAACAUAAAGGAUAAUAAGAUGCUUCGGGGCAGGGCCACCAACGAGAAGAUGUUCUUCCUCGACGUGUCUCAGAAGCUCUUCCAAUGGAUCGUCAAAAAUUUGGAGUCGCCCAGGUACUACGCCCCCGUCAGGUGGAACUCCCGCGAGGGGGUCGAAAAGAGUUACCAGCGGAUCGUCCAGGAAAUUGUCCACAUAGACGAGUCGUCGACAAACAAUUGUGUAAACGAGAAUGUUGAUUAUAACAUCUUAUUCAGCACCAAGAAUUUUAAGGAGAUUCUGUCUCUCUGCUACUCGAUGCAGGGCGUCGGCGCGUGA